AUGGUCGCCAACGCGACGACGCUGAACGCGACGACCGCGUACCCAGUGAUCACGAGUACGCACGUUGCCGACCCGGCGUACGCCAAGGCCCUCGUCGGUGUCGCCGUCGUCUUUGUCUUUGUCGUUGGGUUCAUUGCCUGCUACCUUGUUGUCCAGCGAGCCGCUGCGUACGGGCGAACCCAGACCCACGCGCCGCCAAGCAGUGUCGAGCUCGAGCACGACGGGCCGCUCUCGCCAUGGUUCAAGCAGGAUGCGUCAUCGAGCCAUCAUCUCGAGGCGUCAAUGCAGCUCCGAUCACGGGCCGAGAUGGCUGUUUCGUUGUCGUCUCCACUGGCGAUUGCGUCACCACGCGAGACGGAUGCCACGACUGCGACGAGCGAGUAUAGUCUCUUCACGGACACGGUUGAGCUGCGGCGAGGCAGCUCGGGUCUCCAGACGUCAACGACAACACUUGAGCCCGAGCCACCGGUCUAG